AUGAUUUGUCAACCCCAGCACCACGAUGACGAAGAGGAUGACGAUGAUGACGAUGACGUUGACGAUAACGAUGACGAUGACGUUGACGAUAACGACUACUCUGAUGGUGACGGUGACGGUGACGAUGCUGAUGACGAUAACGAUGGCGAUGACGAUAACGACAACGAUGAAGUUGAUAUUGACUUUUUUAAAAAGCACGCCCGUGUGGUGGCAGCGACACUAACGGCGGCGCGCGCAUGCGCCGUGAGUGCCAAGCUGGGAGAACACGCGGCCAUGCUCGCGGUGGCCAUUUGCUGCAUCCUCGUACUCUUGCUGGUCUUCAUCGUGCUCAUCAUCGUCGUUGGACAGAACGUGGAAGCUAAGGGCGGCUCAUAG